CAUGUCAAAGACCUGCAGCCGUAUAGGUGUAUCGUAUUUGGUAAAUGUUUAAGCUGUUAUUCAUCGAGAGUACUUUUUAGAAAAAUUGAAAAUAUUCUGCUUUUGUUUAAUUAUUGGUACCUACAAACGCUUUGAAGAUUGAUGAAUGUGUUAUUUCUUUCCAUUCUUUAGUUAGAUAUAUUGUAAGUGUAAAAAAGUUUUAUACGAUUAUAUCAUCAUUAAUUAGGCAGUUUCAAGAGAAGUUGAUCUCCAAAUAUGGAAAAACUAGAUAACACUAAACUCUCUCAUCCCUCCAAAUGUCAUAAAGCCUUCAAUUUCUUAGCUGUUUUAACGGUAAUUUUAGCUGAACAAGUCUUACCUUUGGACCAUCCAAAUAACAUAAAAAAUGAAAAGAAAAAAGAAACAACUUGCUUGACCCAAAAUCUAUACAAAAAAAAAAUGUUCAUACAUACAUAUGAUGUACAACUUAUUCUUAUUCUAAUAAUUUUUUCAAUAAAAUGGUCCAUCCACUAGUUGAUUGUCCUUCCAGUUACACAAUAUUAUUUUCUGAUUAAUUAGACUAUACUAGGCCCCAUUUUGACCUGAACUUCACAUGUUUAAGACCUUAUUAUCCCAAAUAAUAGAUUUUGUAGAUAUCCCAUCAUAUUUUUAACUCCAAAAACACCCAAAAAAAAUAAAAAAGGAAGACAUAAAAGAUUUAAAAAUACAUUUCUUUUGUUUGGGAAAAAUGGUCAAAAUAUAGACAAAGAAUGUGAAUGUACUUGGUUUCUUUUGUUGUCUCCUUCAUUACAUCACAAAGUAGGAAAACAAAAAAAGAAAAGGAGAGACAGGUAACAAAUAGGAGCAAAUAGAGAAAAAGAGAGAUUAAUUUUCUAUCUAAUUUGCAUGUCCAUGCAUGAUCACGAUCAACAAUACAAUUUGUCAAUGAAAAAACAGAUCAAAUCAAUCAACUUUUUCACUAGUUUUUGAUUCACACAUACAAAAUAAAAUGUUGAAAUCCAUGUCAAGAUCAAGAAGAAAUUGAAAGGGAGAUUUAAUUUAUCAUGAAGGCGUGGGAGGCAACAAUAAGGAUAACACAAGCUGCAACAAGGAAACGUGCCAACACGAUUUUCGGUACACAAAGUGCAUCACAAAUAGAGGAAGAAAAUGAUCAAGAACAACGCGAAGACAUUGAAGAUCACGCGAAUGGAGAAAUUUUCCAUGCAGAGAGGUUUCUCCCAAAUGGUGAUUACUAUAGUGGCUAUUGGCUUGACAAUUUCCCUCAUGGACAAGGUAAGUAUUGGUGGACAGACGGGUGUAUGUACGUUGGAGAUUGGUUUCGUGGCAAAACGAUGGGGAAAGGGACGUUUAGUUGGCCCUCAGGUGCAAUGUACGAGGGGAAUUUCAAGUCUGGAUUUAUGGAUGGAGAUGGAACCUACACGGGGCCUAAUGGCGAUACGUAUAGGGGUUGUUGGGUGAUGAACUUGAAACAUGGACAUGGCGUUAAGGAGUACGCGAACGGGGACUGUUAUGAUGGCGAAUGGUGUAGGGGAUUACAAGAAGGACAUGGUAGGUAUACAUGGAAGAAUGGGAAUUACUAUGUUGGUGAAUGGAAAAAUGGGACAAUUUUUGGUAAGGGGAAAAUGUAUUGGACUAAUGGGAAUGUAUAUGAAGGGAAUUGGGAAGAUGGAUUUCCUAAAGGAAAUGGAACAUUUAGAUGGACUGAUGGGAGUUUUUAUGUGGGAAAUUGGAGUAAAGAUCCAAAUGAACAAAAUGGUACAUUUUAUCCAUCUGGAUCAUUGUUAGAAGGUGGAAAUCUUGAAUGGGAUCCUCAACAAGUUUUCAAUGUCGAUUUGAUAGAAUGUACUAUUUGUCCACCAGAGAAAGUUCCGAUUUUGCCUUCACAGAAAAAACUCGCAUUAUGGAGGUCAUCUAAGGCAGUGGAUAAUAACAUUAGGCCGAGGAGAAUGUCACUGGACGGGAGAAUAGAUGCACCACCUGUCGAUAGGGAAUUUGGUAGAAUUCGUUUAUCGGAUGUUGCUGGAACUUCUGCUAGUACUUCUUAUAAUUCGGAUGAUUCCGUGGUUGGCUUGCAGGAUGCUGAUGGAUAUUUAUUAAGAGGAAGUCCUAUUAGGAUUCCUAAAGUUGUAAAGAGACAAGGCCAAACUAUUUCCAAAGGGCAUAAGAAUUAUGAGCUUAUGCUUAAUUUGCAGUUGGGAAUCAGAGUUUCAGUAGGACGGCCUGGUCCUCCUCCAUCACUAGAUCUCAAACCGUCAGCAUUUGAUCCUCGAGAGAAGUAUUGGACAAGAUUUCCACCGGAAGGAUCCAAGAUCACACCCCCUCAUCCUUCUUGUGAAUUCAGAUGGAAAGAUUAUUGUCCAAAAGUUUUCAGGGCAUUACGGAUGUUAUUCAAAGUUGAUGCAGCUGAUUAUAUGAUAUCAAUUUGUGGUAACGAUGCCCUCCGGGAGCUUUGUUCCCCCGGAAAAAGUGGAAGUUUUUUCUACUUAACAAACGAUGAUCGAUAUAUGAUCAAGACAAUGAAGAAGGCAGAAACAAAAGUGCUAUUAAGGAUGCUUAGCGCAUAUUUCAAUCAUGUUAAAGCUUUUGAAAACACCCUUGUGACUAAGUACUAUGGCCUGCAUUGUGUGAAGCUAAGUGGACCAGCACAGAAGAAGGUACGGUUCGUUAUCAUGGGGAACCUCUUUUGCACGAAUUACUCAAUUCAUAGACGAUUCGACUUGAAAGGGUCAACAUUUGGAAGAAUGACAGAUAAGCCAGAAUCAGAGAUUGAGGCAACCACAACCCUUAAAGACCUUGAUCUCAACUUCAUCUUCAGGUUACAAAAAACAUGGUUUCAGGAAUUCCGAAGGCAAGUUGAUAGGGAUUGUGAGUUCUUGGAACAAGAGGGAGUUAUGGACUACAGCCUUUUAGUUGGUAUUCAUUUUAGAGAAGCAGAUAGUACUGAAGAUCAGACACCUUCUGGUUCUAGAACACCAAUUGAUAAUGGAGGCUCGGAAAAUGAAACAGUUCCUCGUCUUUCUCGAGCUGAUAUGGAUCAAUUGCUUCUUGAUCAGGCAGGGUGGGCUAGCAUAAAAUUAGGAACAAACAUGCCUGCAAGAGUUGAAAGGACAGAAAGGAAACCUACUGAAGCGGAGAUAAUUCAGCUAAUCGGAGAACCAACAGGAGAGUUGUAUGAUGUGAUACUGUUUUUCAGUGUCAUAGAUAUACUUCAAGACUAUGACAUUACAAAGAAGCUCGAGCACGCGUACAAGUCUAUGCAAUGUGAUCCAAACUCGAUAUCAGCAGUCGAUCCAAAGGCAUAUUCAAGGCGUUUUCGUGAUUACAUAUUCAAAGUUUUUAUAGAAGACAAUUAACAUGAAAUUAAUGCCUACAAAUGAGAGGGCUUCAAGCUAGUAUAGGACUGAGUAAUAUUUGUUUACUGUUUUUGGAGAUUAUUUGCAGUUGAAGCUUAGAAGAAGUGAAGAACAUAUAUAUACUCUUCCUUCACUGCAUUUUCUUAUCUUAAAAAUCUCUUAUUUUAUUAUAGGUAUACACAAAAUUCAGGAUGAGUUACUAUUGUAUAGAAAAAGUUGUAACAGAAGCAACACAAAUGUGACUUAUAAGUUGCAUUACUUAUAUGAAAAUUGUUGUUUCAAGGAAUUUGCAGGGAA